AUGGUCAAUAAGCCCAGCGUCUUAUUCGUCUGCGUCCACAAUGCCGGUCGUUCUCAAAUGGCUGCCGGCUAUCUGAGCCAUCUCGCCGGCGACACCAUUGAAGUCCGUUCUGCCGGAUCGGCUCCAGUCGACUCCAUCAACCUCGUCGUCGUCGAGGCCAUGCUCGAAGAAGGUAUCGACAUUAGCGACCAAAAACCGAAGAUUCUCACCACCGAUGCGAUCCAAAUCAGCGACGUUGUCAUCACUAUGGGUUGUGGCGAUGCUUGCCUCUUCUUCCCCGGAAAGCGCUAUCUCGAUUGGAAACUUGACGACCCUGCCGGCGAAGGCUUAGAUGCCGUUCGGACUAUUCGUCGGGAGAUUCGUCAGCGUAUCGAGGGUCUUAUUGCUGAGCUCCAGUCUUCGAGCUGA